CAGUAAGUACAGUGUCUCCGGCGAAGACCGACGCCCCGCGCUCUGCUGGCUCCACGCUGAAGGCUGCGCCUCUCACCGGACGGUACACACUUCCAGGACCGCGAGACCCGAGCUGUGAGCGCUGCUUCUUUCGCGAGCGAGGACAUGGCUGACGUGAAUUCUAACGAGUCGUCCCCGAUCACCACGGACGUGGCGAACAGGUUCGCUCGUAAAGGUGCUUUGAGGCAAAAAAUCGUCCACGAAGUGAAGAACCAUAAAUUCACAGCCAGGUUCUUCAAGCAGCCGACUUUCUGCAGCCACUGCACCGACUUCAUCUGGGGGUUUGGAAAACAAGGAUUCCAGUGCCAAGUUUGCUGUUUUGUGGUCCACAAGAGGUGCCAUGAAUUCGUCACAUUCUGCUGCCCAGGGGCAGAUAAGGGGCCCGACACAGACGAUCCCAGAACAAAGCACAAGUUCAAGAUCCACACCUUUGGGAGCCCCAUCUUCUGUGACCACUGUGGCUCAAUGCUGUAUGGCCUCAUCCACCAGGGCAUGAAGUGCGACUCCUGCGACAUGAAUGUCCACAAUCAGUGUGUCAUGAACGUGCCCAGCCUGUGUGGAACCGAUUACACCGAACGGAGGGGGCGUCUUUUCCUCAAGUGUGAGGUCACUGUGGACAAGCUGCAGGUCACAGUGACUGAGGGCAAAAACCUGAUCCCGAUGGACCCCAAUGGCCUCUCUGAUCCAUUUGUCAAGCUCAAGCUCAUACCAGACCCCAAAAAUGAGACCAAGCAGAAGACCAAAACCAUUCGCUCCAACCUCAACCCCCGAUGGAACGAGACCUUUAACUUCAAGCUGAAGGCGACUGACAAGGACCGCCGGCUCUCGGUGGAGGUGUGGGACUGGGACCGGACCACUCGGAAUGACUUCAUGGGGGCGCUCUCCUUCGGCGUGUCAGAGCUCAUAAAGGCUCCAGUCUGCGGCUGGUAUAAGUUAUUGUGCCAGGAGGAAGGGGAGUACUACAAUGUUCCUAUCUCAGAGGAGGAUGACGGGAACGAGGAACUCAGGGAGAAAUUUGAGAAAGCCAAGCUCGGCCCAGGUAAGAAGGUGAUCACCGAGCCGGACGGCAGCCGAUCCAGCCCGCAGCCCUUCAUCAGCCUGAACGAGGUCAAACUCAGCGACUUCUCCUUCGUGGCGGUGCUCGGGAAAGGGAGCUUCGGCAAGGUCAUGCUGGCAGAGAUGAAGGCCACCGAAGAGCUGUACGCAAUAAAGAUCCUGAAAAAAGACGUGGUGAUCCAGGACGAUGACGUGGAAUGUACCAUGGUGGAGAAGAGAGUCCUGGCCCAACAGGACAAGCCGCCCUUCCUUACAUACCUGCACUCGUGCUUCCAGACUGUGGACCGUCUGUACUUUGUCAUGGAGUAUGUGAAUGGGGGAGACCUCAUGUACCAUAUCCAACAAGUGGGCAAGUUCAAGGAACCUCAGGCAGUGUUCUACGCAGCCGAGAUCGCUGCUGGUCUCUUCUUCCUGCACCUUAAAGGAGUCAUCUACAGGGAUCUGAAGUUGGACAAUGUGAUGCUGGACUCUGCGGGACACAUUAAGAUCACUGACUUUGGCAUGUGCAAAGAGAACAUGGCGGAAGGAGUGACCACACGCACCUUCUGCGGCACUCCCGACUACAUCGCCCCUGAGAUCAUUGCAUAUCAGCCCUAUGGACUCUCUGUCGACUGGUGGGCAUAUGGAGUUCUGCUCUACGAAAUGCUGGCAGGACAGCCUCCGUUUGAUGGCGAGGAUGAAGAUGAGUUGUUCCAGUCCAUUAUGGAGCAUAACGUGUCCUACCCCAAGUCAAUGUCCAAGGAAGCUGUCUCCAUCUGCAAAGGGCUGAUGAUCAAACACCCAUCCAAGCGUCUGGGCUGCGGCGCCGAGGGUGAGAGGGACAUCAGGGAACACGCCUUCUUCAGACGCAUCGACUGGGAACGCCUCCAGAACAGGGAGAUCCAGCCGCCCUUCAAGCCCAAAGAGUGCGGCAAAGGAGCAGAGAACUUCGACAAGUUCUUCACCCGCACUCAGCCGCAGCUCACACCUCCAGACGAGCUGGUUAUCGCCUACAUCGACCAGGCCGAGUUCGCAGGGUUCUCGUUCAUCAACCCACAGUUUGUGAACCCGGUGCUCAUCAGCCUAUGAGAAGGAUGGGGAAACCUCCCAGAAGAACCUCCCUGCUCACUGCCACCCACUUAAAGCAACCGCCGCCAACCUGAUAUCUGACCACAACUUGAUCUAGGCCCGCUAUGAACCUUUAUGUAUUGGUUUUCAUUUCUAAUCAGCAUUCUAGGGCAUGCUUAUUUGCUCUGUACAGUAUAUUUGCCAUUAUAGAGUAUAUAGAUGACAAAAGCUUUCUUUAGUGUAAUGACGAGCAGGAAGUCCUUCCUUACCGCUGCCAUUUAUAUUGAAGGUUUAACACGACUGAAGGCACUCGGACAGAAGGGUGUCGAGCUUUAUUAAUCGACGCCACCGUCAUGAUUUCAUGAUGAAAUUUAGAGAAUAAAUUAAUCGAUGCCUGUGUAUGAUAUAAGCAAGAUAAUAUUAAAGGGGCAUUCAGCUACAAUACCAUGUAUGGCAUGGAUUAACUGAUUCUGUAAAAGGGUUUCAUGCUUAUCUCAAUGGAUAAACAUUAUAAUCGACAGAUCCCGUUGGUGGGUCACAGUUUGUUUCCAUAAUUAUCACAAUGCAGAUGUUAUGUGAUGACCUGAAAAACACUGGUAUAAGGCCAAAUAUGAAGGACAGGUGGUGCAGGCAUUGAAACAGCACCUUGUGAAUCAAUGUUUUCUGCAUCAUGUUUACAGUUUUCCUCCCCUUUGAUUUCAUGGUGACGCUAUAAAAUUCUAUUUUAGUACAAUUUGAUUCUAGCCAGUAGCAAAUAAACUAAAAUACAGUUAAUUAGAUUAUAUGCAGCCUGUAAAAAUGAUAACAUGUGAGAUGAAAGUGUGUUAUCUCCCUACCUGCUUUAAAAAGUAACAAUUCACACACCUAUUUUCUAGCCCUUACUUAAGCUGCAGAUUGUAUACUUCCCUUGUCAAUAAUUCUGUGGACACUAUGUGAACACACAGUAAUCAUGUUAGUAUGUGGGCAGUGGCAUAACAUUCUUAUAUCUACCUUAGAAAAGAAAAUCAAAGCUAUACCGUUUACAGUUUGUCAUGUUUUAGCCACUGUCUCUGUCCCAUGCUAUGCCCAUAAUUACAAUUGGUUGUAAGUGUCUAAGCAGAAGCAGUAAAGACCUUUUGAUAAACUGUUUUUUUGUGUGACUAUAACACAAUAUAAUUGUGUAUUAACCAUCCAAUGUUAUAUUGCAUUCAGUAUCAUGUGAACAUGAAAAACAGUUCUUAGUUUUCUUAGAUACAGAAGUUGCAAACCAAUAGGAGCAUUUCUUCUGACAAUGCGUUGUUGUCCUGAGAACAAACUCAUCCUUCAGUAGGAGUGUGUCAGCACAAUCAUCAUUAGUACAAACAUGUGUUUGCAUCGGUUUUAAUUUCUUUCAAUGUCGUUAACAAUAGUUUGGAUUCUCCUCCUUUUUGGUGAUCUCAUACAUAUUUUUCCAUUAGAUCAGAUAAUAGAUAUGUUAUUGUGUCUACUAUCAGUGCAUAACUCCUUUGUAAAUAAUCAUGAGUUAUUUAAUAGAGUAUAGCAAGUUACAGUUUUUAUACCAACACCUGAAUGUGCUUUUAUUACAUUAAUUAUAUCAACCAAUAUUUGUAUGUGUAAAGACAAACAACUAACAAAGUAACCCAGUACAGAUCAACUUUGUAACAGCUGGAGGUCUUUAAUAGAGUCCAGAUUUAGCAAGUUGUGAAAUGUAUCUGUUCUACUUGUUUUGGCAGAUUUAUCAACAUUAUGUUCUUUAUUCAUGUUCAAUGAUUUUGACUGCAAAUUGUGUGUUGUUUGGAUGUGUGUCUGGCUGUUGACUGUCCCUCUGUAUCUGCAUGCUGUUGGUCGGCAUCGUUCAUGCACGUGAUGAGCUAAAUGCUGCAUGCUAAGCGUAAACGCCCUGAGAGUUCCCACAGCUUAUCAGGAGAGUGGGAAUUGUCAAAGGUCAGAAUGUGUGAUUCUCAGAAGAUAUAUUUAGGGUGCGGUGUCACUGUAAGCAUAGUUUUAGAUUGGCUAAAUGUAAUGUGGCCAACCCAAAGCACGGUCUUCGGAGUGCUGAUCUAGGACCAGCUAGACUCUUCAGAGGCAAUAGCUGGAUUCUGUAGCUACAGAUCACAAGUCAAGUUUCAAUGAUGCAGUCCUGCAAGAGUAAUGAAACACCAAAGUCCUAAUGCUCAGGCAGAUGAUGACUCAAUGUGUGGGAAACAACAGUGAUUUUGCCAAAAAGAAAAAAGACUGCUAAAGAACAUAGAGUAGACAUUUAUUACAACUUAUUAAUCUUAACGGAUACUAAUAUGUUUAAAAGACUUUCCUGAGACAUAGUCUCUGGUUCCUGAUCAAUGGUCUUUUCUGUAGAAGCUUGAUGUACAUUAUGGUCCCUGUUUCUUUAGCCUUUUCCUUUACGGGGUGAUGUGGAACACUGACUCCAGAUCAGUGGUGACUUGUGACGGCCUGUUGCUCGCCCGGUGGCACCACUCGCUCUUUAGUGUCUCGCACAUGUGAUUUAUGUUAUAAUCUUUAUGCUGUGCUGUUGUCACGUUGUACGAUGUUAGUUGCUCUUUCUGUUUUUGUUUCUUUUGCCGUUUUGUUGUGGCAGUUGUUGGUGUUGCUUUUUAUUUCUCUAGCUUCUGCUCAGAAAUUCAGGAAUGUUUCAAAGGAUAUCUCCCAUUACAAAACUCAUAUCUGACUGAUACAGAUAGGAACUUUUAAAACGUUUGUACAUUGUUCCUCUCCAUAUGUGUCUAAGAGUCGUUCUCUCCUACUGUGUUUCCUAUAAUAUAUAUUUAUAUAUAUAUACAUAUAUAUAUAUAACCUUUUGCAUGUGCCAAACCUGGAGACAGCCAGAAGCCGACAACAGCAGCGCUGCACUAGCUUCAGCCACACGGAGGGCUUCUGGGUGGCGGCUCCUCCUCCCUGUGCAGGCGCAGAGCCGCCUGAAGCCACAGCUGCUGUACACUCUGUUGGCCACACAACAUGGAGCAUGCUGCCAUGAGUAUACCAAUGCACAUUGUGUCAGUGCGCUUUACAAUUCCAGUCAGUUUGAUGAACAUCAUGCACGGUACUUGAUUCUCCUGCCUCUCGACCCUCGGGCUGAAUUGUGUCUGAAAAAACAUUGCAACUUACGGAGCAUUUGAUUUGACACCACAAUGAAUUCCACAGGAGCGAGAGAGAAUGAUUCCUUGUACAUAUAGUGGAACCGUCUUGCCCUUGCCUGAGCCUAUCUUGCACCUCCUGUACGUGCCGACUGAAUAGAUCUAUCCCUUUAAUAGAUUCUCCACUUGUUUUCCAAACGAAAAUGAUGUUUUCCAAAAAGCCACAGCCAGUGAGCGUGACAAAAAACCCGAUUUCCUACGCUCCCCUUGUGUGCCUUUCCCAACUUAAGCAGACAUAGCCUACUGCACAGUCUUCUGAUUCUCCAUCGCUCCGAUCUCAGCUCGCUACUCAGAGGUUUACGCCAUGCCUUCACUCCACUUACUGUAUUGUAAUUCCCCCGUCAAACAAGCCUCGUUCACUUUUUAUUCAAGCCGUGUUAGUGUUUCAGCAUAUCUCGCAAAUGAAUCAAUGUGAAUAGAAAAAAGUAAAUGAGAAAAAACAAACAAAAAGUCCAUCAUCUGGUCUGUAUAACAGAAUUUUAAGCACAUUUUGUUGACUGACGCCAAAAACCUUUACAGCCAUAAAACUACAACUUCCUCCUCCUGUGUCUGCGCGCUGUACCUUUACCUCCCUGUGCCUAUUAAUGACUGAUGCGUUGAGCUAUGGAAUAUAUGCGUCGACAUUAUCAAAGGAUGAUGUUCGGGGAGUGAAGGAACAAUGAACGGGUGAUUGAUUGGAUUUAGUUUAGCGAGCAAAAGGCUAGAUGAUGAUGAUGAUGAUGAUGGCUUGUUUGAAACACGACCCCUGUGCCUCAUCCCAUUGAACCGUCCCUCCUUCGACUUCUCUCCUGCGCCCUCGUUCACUCUUCCUGUUCCUCCUUCCUCAGUGCCUGGGCCGAGUCAAUCCCUCAUCGUAUCGACAAGUGUGCUCCUCUUCUCGCCCUUUAAAUCCCAUCAGGACAGCAGUUGAUUUCUUUUGUGCUACUCCCUCGGCACAGUUUCCUCCUCUCUGGUCGUUCCCCAAAGGCACCACGAGAAAGGAGUUGGCCAAAUGUAUUCGGUGUAUUGCUUUGUUUACAUUCUGUUCGAUGUCCUCACCUUUCUGUUGUUCAUUUUAUUGGCCAGAAGAUAAUGAAGUAACCUUUUCAUGUUAAGAUGUGAUCUUUAAUGGCACGUUUUAAGAUAUAGUCUGGUAUGAUUUGUUGUCGUUUGUUUUUUUUCAAUAUGCUUUUCUUACAAUUCUUGCGCUAGAUGAAGCUUGUGUGACAUCUUUCUUCUUUGUCGUUAGUCAUUACUCUCCGCUGUGAAAUGAAAGAGUUGAGGUGAGCUGCCAUCUUUUGUGGCCGCACAGGAUCAAUAAUGUGCGGGAAUGCCUUAUCCCUCAACCCAUACAGCAACGUGGUCUCCAACUCUCCUGGCUUUGUUCACGUAUUAUCUCAGCAUCCCUGUCCGUGUACAUAAAUGACUUACAGUAGAUGCCUUCAUAGACUGUAAAAGAAAGAAUGUUUUGUAUUUUGCAAAUGGUGUAUGUUUGUUUUCUCCCCCCGUCAGCCUGAAACCUUUCAAAUGAGUCUGAGCUACUUACCUUGUAAUGGAUUGUGUCAUUUGUACCUAAUGUAUGAUAAUGCAAAUAAAAAAACAAAAGAAAAUGAGAAUCAUA